AUGGCAGAUAACAAUGAGAUUCCACCACCCGUGGUGAGGUUUGGCGACACUCUGAGAUCGGGAAUUGAGUACCCAGGGGAGUGUGCCUACGCAAAUGACAACGUCAACAUUCCACCUCACUACAUCAGUUUGGUGAAUGGAGGAAAUCUUUUUCAUGGACGGGAUGAUGAAGAUCCGGUGAGCCAUUUGAAUGCCUUCUACGAGCUGACAAACUCUCAUAGACCUCCAAAUGUGGAGCAUCAUCGGAUUAAGAGGGCCUUAUUUCCAUUCUCAUUGAGGGAGAAGGCAAGAGCGUGGUAUGACUCAUUGCCGGGCUACAACAUAGCAACUUUCCAAGAGUUGAAGUCGUUGUUUCUUGUGGAAUACAACUCUCCAAUGAAGAUUGAGAAGUUGAGAGAGGAGAUCACCUCAUUCCGACAGAAGUAUGAUGAGUCCUUCGCGGAGGCAUGGAAGAGAUUCACGGAGUUGAUAAGGAAAUGCCCAAGUCACGGACUAGCUCCGGGGCAUGACCUUUUGAAGUUCUACAAGGGACUCAACAGUGAAGGCACGGGAUUGGUGACUGCAGGUUCGAAUGGGAACCUAGAUGAUCUAACUCACGAUGAGGUGAGGGCUUUGUUUCAAAGGCUGGCCAACAAUCAACGGAAUUGGCACAAUCCAAGGCGAGGGGCUGAUAGAGCAGGAGAUACAUUUGGUGCUACAAAGGAUGCGGAAAGAGUGACCGCAAUUGAGGCUCAACUGGCGGACAUUAGCACUCAAAUGUCGUCGAUGACAAAGGCAGUUAAAUCCCUUCAACUGACUCCUCAACCCCAAGCUGUGACGGUGAUGAGAUGUGGGUUGUGCCAAGGCGGGCAUCAUACUGAUCAGUGCCCAAGUCUUCAAGGACCUCCCGUGGAGGAUGUGAACUAUAUUGGCAACAAUCGCCAAGGGUUCAAUCAAGGCAACCAAUACAACAAUUAG